ACAGCAAGACCCUGAUAUGCUAGCUUCGGAUGACGUCGUCGCUUCUGCUUCGUUGCGAUGUCUAUGCGAUGUCCGCGCUCGAUUGCUACGAGUUGCGAGCUCGUCAACGUCUGUGAUGCUAGGCCAAAGUGACGUAUUAUGAAGCGAUGAAAUCGAGGAGUUUCUGGGCGUCGUCGGCAACGAAGGCACGUCGGCGGAAUUAGUACUGGAAAUCGUGCCUAUGGCCUUCGUUACUAUUCUUUUCUCUGUGCAAACUGCAUCCACACAUGUACAGGUCAGGUCACACUUCGCGCAAGUUCCCCAAACGCGCGGCUUCCAACAUGCUCAGGCCAGUGUCAUUAUCAAGGCGAGCAUCGAUAUUUUAAUUCGUCACUUCUCCCUUCAAAGUCGAUGGUGCGGCUCUUCAGCAGCGCUUGCGCAAGAAAACUUAGGCGUUUCCCUACUUUACGUGUUAGCUGAUCGGUGGAUAAGCGCCAUCGAGUGCGUUCCUUCGGUUGCCUCAGAUUCGUAUCUCAUCGGAAACGUUGCCCUACUGCACUGCAAUAUUCAGUGCAGUCGCUCCGAAAGAGGUGCUCCAGAGGUUCAUCUGCCUUCUCUUGACCAUUCGAUUAGAACUUCCAUUUGGAACUACCAACAAACUUGAAGGACAACUGGGUUCACACCGAGACAUCUCACCCCGCGACAUUCUUCUCUUUGUUCUGAGGAAUGCACAGUUUGGGGAGUUGUCCAAUAUGCCAGGUGCCUUCCUGUCGUUUGCAUUAAAGCAGACUGCCUUUCUACCAGUGGCGCACUCGCAUCGAUAGGCAUA